AUGCGCAAAGCUAACACCAUACUCCAGGUUUCGUUCAAGGUUCAUGGCACCGUUCAAGGUGUUGGUUUCCGAGACUUCACCCAAAAGUGUGCUACCAGCUAUGAUCUGAGAGGCUGGGUCGAGGGCGAGGCUCAAGGUCCCGAUGACAUUAUGCAGAAAUUCUUCCAGCAGGUUAGCAAAGGCCCACGAAUGGCGCACGUCGUGAAGCUUGAGAAGCAGGACCUCGAGCCUCGAGAUGGCGAGGACCAUUUUUCGGUGAUGCGGACGGCAGCGUCCACAUUUGAAUCUGGACACUGA